AUGGCAAACUCAACCGAGAUAAGCUAUGGUGGCACGGGAUGCUUGAAUAGAAACAGUGAACAGAGUGGGUCGUUGAAAGAUGCUGAUAAAAUGUCAGAGGAUUUGGAUGAGUUGAAUGUGGAAGAUAAAAAUGGAGAAGACCAUAGUGUGGACUUUGAGUAUGAAGAGGAAACCCAUAUUGAAGGUACUGAUGCAACAAUAGAUAUCAACAAUGAAGAUGACAUCCUAAUGAUUGAUCUUAAGAAUUUAUGUCCUGACAAAGUCUCAAUGAUGAGCUUCAUUAGCUUGGAUAUUGCUUAUUUAUUCUAUACUUGGUAUGGAAGGGUGAAUGGGUUCUCAGUUCGUAAAAGCAGUAUUUUGCGGAGCAAAACAAGUCAUGAAUCAGGUGGUUAUGAGAAUGUUGGUUUUAGACAGAAAGCCAUUUAUAAUCAAGUAGGAAAACAGAGGGCAGAACAUGAAUCUGAUGGUGUGGCCGCAUUAAAGUACUUGAAACAAUUACAAAUAUCUGACCCCGAGCUUUUUUUUCGGUACAAAGAGAAUGGUGAAGGUAAAUUGGAGCACCUGUUUUGGAGUGAUGGAAUGAGCCAAAUUGAUUACAAGGCAUUUGGUGAAGUGGUUGCUUUUGAUGCCACGUACGGUAAAAACAAGUAUAGGUGUCCUCUGGUGUUUUUUUGCGGGGUUAAUCAUCAUCAACAAACCAUUGUGUUUGCUUCUGCAAUUGUUGGGAAUGAAAAGGAAGAUGCAUAUGUUUGGUUACUCCAAAGACUAAUGGAAGUUAUGAAAGACAAGGCACCUACGUCAGUCAUCACAGAUGGGGAUAUUCCAAUGAAGAAAGCAAUAAAGCUUGUGCUACCUCAAUCCCAUCACAUGCUUUGUGCUUGGGACAUGGAAAAAAAAUGGACAGAGAUGGUGGAUAAGUUUGAGUUGCAUGAUAAUGGAUGGGUUCAGGAAAUGUAUGAAAAAAGGAGUAUGUGGGCUGCAUCGCAUAUGCGUGGAAACUUUUUUGCUGGAUUUCGCACAACAUCCCGUUGUGAGGGUCAUCAUUCCAAAAUUGGGAAGUUUGUUAAUUCAAGGUGUAAUAUAACAGAGCUGAUCCAACACUUAUGCAGGUUGAUGAAUCAUAUUAGGUAUAAAGAAAUUGAAGCUAACUUUAAUUCAUCUUAUGGUGAGGCUGUGUUGGAGACUAAAUUCCAAAAUCUUGAGAGGUCUGGUGCCAAUGUCUUUACAAGGGAGAUAUUCUCCAUGUAUCGUGCUGCACUACAUAGGUCAGGAGAUUCCAUUGUUGUAGGCUACAAAGAAACAUCCAGCCAGUAUAUAUUUUUGGUUUCAAAAUAUCGUGGUUCUGGACGUGAGUGGCAUGUCUCAUUUCAGCCUUCUGCAUUUUUUUUCCAAUGUGCUUGCAAAAAGAUGGAAUCCAUGGGUCUUCCUUGUCACCAUGUACUUGCAGUCCUUGUUUAUCUUGAUGUCUGUGAAUUGCCAAAAUGUCUAGUCCUGCCGAGAUGGACAUUUUUUGCAAAGGAUGAUGUGGACAAGAAUGCAAUGUUAGGAACAAAACACUUGGAUUCCUUUUUGAUUAGUAGGGCAAUCAAGGACUGUGAUGAAGAAGUUGAUGAUUUGGGUAAUUCCUUUAUUGGCCUUAAAGAUCCUAAUGUUGUUAGGACUAAAGGUACUGGUUGUCCAAGUCCGUCAAGUGCAGCUGGCAAAAACAAAGGCAACAAGAGGAAAGGGAGUAGGAAGUGCUCACAAUGUCACCGAUAUGGUCAUAAUAAAACUACUUGCAAGCGUGGAACUCAAGCACGCCAGAUGACAGAAAAUACUAAUGCGGAGACUGUGCCUACCCAAGAAGAAUCAUAUGAAAAUGUUGGGUAG